CGAAGGUCGCAGAGGGCAGUCUUGACAGAUUUACUUUACGGACUUUGUUGUGUCCAGUUUAUCUCGACACGCUUAUUGCUCGUGUGAGUUACGUGUCAUUGUUUCACAUCUCAAUGCAAGAUGGCCGCGGCAAAGGAGAAGCGUUAACAUGCUGUAUCAGCUAAUAUAAGCAGUCCAGAAAAGGCAUUGUCCAUAAGAAAAACUUGAAAAAGAGAUGGAAAACUUAUUCUAACCAAAACUAGCGACAAGGGCUCACCAGUGCACGCGACCUGAGACAUUUCACUUUGAGAACCCACUUGAAAGAACGUUUGGAAGCAAUCCUGAAAACGCAGAGAGAGAGAGAGAGAGAGAAGCUGCGCUUUCUUCUCGAAGCAGCCACUUCCAAACACCUCGUCAUCACCAAAAAAAACAGACAUUACAUACAUACAUCCAGCCUUGAGCCGCGCUUACUCAAAUCAAGGGUCAUCGAACGAGACCGAGUUUGAAGCAGGAAAACGGCCCGAAAGCGGGAGAGAUCGCGCAGUUGCGACGCUCGUCGAAUCCCGAAGUCGUCGAACUCGUCAAUCAGUAGACUCCUGUAACGACCUGCCGUCCUCAGUGCAUCCGCAAUGACGACGAUGAAGCACACCAAAGUGCUGGACGGCGGCUUUUCCGGUCAACUAUCCCGCCACGUGGGCACCAAGUACGACGACGACCCGUUGUGGACGGCGCGGUUCCUCCAGACGAACCCAUCAGCCGUGUACAGCACCCACCUGGACUACCUGCGCGCCGGCGCCGAGGUAAUCGAGACCAAUACUUAUCAGGCGUCGGUGCCGGGUCUCAUGAAGUACUUGAACAUCAGCAUGGACGAGAGCCUGGCCCUGCUCGCCAAAGCCGUGGAGCUGGCCAAACAAGCGGUGGACGUUUACAUGAAGGAACGAACGAACCAAGGGGAGUUGGUCAUCGGCCGGAAGCCCUUGGUGGCUGGUUCAUGCGGACCGUACGGCGCUUGUCUGCACGACAAGUCGGAGUACACCGGCGCCUACGGGAAGAGCGUGUCGCGGCAGGAACUGAUGGACUGGCACAGGCCGCGUGUACGCGCCCUUCUGGACGCCGGCGUCGACCUUUUGGCUCUGGAGACCGUGCCCUGCGUGGAGGAGGCGGACGCGUUGGUGGAGCUGCUGCGAGAGUUUCCGCGCGCUCGCGCCUGGCUGUCGUUCUCGUGCCGCGACGAGCGGCGCAUAGCGGACGGCAGCGACUUCCAGGAGGUGGCCGUGCGCUGCUACCGAGCCCUACCCGAGCAGAUAGUCGCGGUCGGCGUCAACUGCGUGCCGCCGGGUUACGUGAAGAGCUUGCUGGAGGGCGUAAACACCGGUGGCUCUCGAGGGGGCUUCGUUCCUCUGGUGGUUUACCCCAACCGAGGCGGUUCUUACUCCGAGACCGACGGCUGGAUACCGGUCCCGGACGAUCAGCGCAUCAACCUGCCCGCGUUGGAGUGGCUCGAUCUGGGGGUGCGUUUCAUCGGCGGUUGCUGCAAGGUCUUCGCCGAAGACAUAGCCGCGAUCCGCUCGUUGGUGGAUCGCCGUCGCCUCGCCGAAUAGCGACGCCGAUUCGGACGAGGGAAGAUCGUUAUUUUCAGGGGGAGGGGAGGGGCAAACGAUAUAAAAACGUAUUUCGGGCGUAGAGCAAACGCUAUGUUGCUCGGCACGAUCUCGGCGCGCAAAUACGUCGACGGAAAAUCACGGCGUUACAUCUCCCUUCCCGUUGGUUCGCCUUUCGCGAUUUUAAGCCUGUUUCAGAAUCCGCAUCCUGUUGCGUUUUCCACUUAGAUUAGAUGGCCGACCUUUGGCAUCGAGUCUAUCCCGUAAGGUCAGCCGGCGUCGAACGCGCGCGCCGGAUAACGCGCUCGUG